AUGGAGGAGGCAAAAACACUCAUCAGGACCGCGGUCCGCACGUUCUUCCACCAGCCCCGGCAGAUCCUGAUCGUCGACGCCCUCAUGCUCCAUUCCGUGCUCGGCAUGGACGACCUCUCGGUUCUCCUGUCGGCGCAACCCAAGGACAUCCGCAGCCUGAUGACGCCGCUCCGCAACGCCCGACUCGUGCAGACGCACUCCCGGGUCGAGGUGCGCGUGGGGUCCCAGCGCGGCAGCCCGCGGGAGUACUACUACUGCCCGUUCCACCCGGCGAUCGACGCGAUCAAGUACCGGAUCGCCAAGCUGCGCAAGAAGGUGGAGGCGCUGUACCAGCAGGACGAGACGAAGCGCAAGGACUGGCGCUGCCCGCGCUGCAAGGCCGAGUACGACGAGCUCGCGAUCCUCGACAAGGUCGGCGCCGACGGGUUCUACUGCGACCGGUGCGGGAGCACGCUCGUGCAGAACGAGCGGGCGGCGGCCGAGGACCGCGGCCACCACGAGAAGAUCCGGCGCGUCAACGACCAGCUCAAACGCUUCGACGACAUGAUCCUCAAGAUCGACCGGAAAGACGUGCCCGAGAACGACUUCCAGAGCGCGUGGGAACGCAAGAAGGACGUGCCCCGCGAGCGCGGCGGCAAGGAACAGGGACAGUACGUCGAGAUCAAGCGCGGGGACGCGAGGAACCUCAAAAAGGGCCCCGAGAUGGUCAAGGUCGAGAACCUCGCCAUCAACCUGACCAGCGGCGCGGAGCACGACAGGGAGGAGGCGGAACGGAAAGAGGAGCGCAAGAGGCUGUUGGCGAAACAGAACCAGUUGCCUGCGUGGCACACGAGUAGCGCGAUAGGUCCUGCUCCUUCUUCGAACGGUGCGGCCGUCAAGGUCGAAUCGGGCACGGGUACACCGGAGUCGGGCACCGCGGACAUGGUGCUGCCCAAGAAGGAGGAGGACGACGAGGACGACAAGAAGAAUCUGAAUAUCAUCACAGAUGGGGCGGCAGCGACGACGACGGCGGCGGCAAAUUCCACUCUACAGGACGAAGUCGCGGCGUACAUGGCCGAAAUGGAACGCGAACGGCUCGAGGCGGAGAAACGGGCCAAGGAGGAAGACGAGGAAGACGACGGUGACGAGGACGACGAUGACGAUUUGGAGUUUGAGGAUGUCGACGUCGUAGGCGGCGUCGGCGGGAGCGGGAGCGGGAGUGGGAGUGGGCUCGGCGGAGGAAGUAUCGUCGGCACCCCGGCCGGCACCGGCGUGGACAACCCGAGGCCGGUCAACGGCGUCAAGAGGGAGUUCGACGACGAGAGCGGACCGAGCAGUGACGCCAACACACCCGUCAGUUUCGGCGGCGGUGGUGGUGCUGCCGCCGGUGACGGAGGACGAGGAGAUCACAACAAGCGGGUCAAGUUCGAGAAUGGAAUGGCUUCUGCUGCUGCUGCUGCCGCCGCCGCCGCCGUCAAGGUCGAGGGUGGCGGUGUCGGUGUCGACGGCAAUGGCGACGGCAACGCCGAUUCGGACGAAGACGAAGACUUCGAAGAUGCCAUGUAG